AUGAAGAAGCUGAAUGGCCGUGAGGUGACCAUCGGCCAACUCAGCAAGGGCGCCUUCUUCGGAGAGAUUGCCGUCCUCUAUGACAUGCCCAGAACUGCAACGGUGAAAACUCAAACUGGGGUGAUCGCCCUUGCUCUGAGCAGAGCUGACAUCCUGCAGCAGCUGAGUGCAGAGGACUUGGAGCGCAUGAAGCUCAUUGCACGAACGCAGGUCUUCGGCAGCGUGCCAUUGCUUGCGGACCUGGAUGCUGAGAAGAAGGCCAAAGUCGCCCAUGCCCUGAAGAGCCAGAAGUGGCACAAAGGAGCACUUCUUGCUGGCCAGAAUCACAUCACGUCCCGCAUGUACAUCAUCGAGCAGGGAAACAUCGUCAUGACCCCUCCCAAGAGGAACCGGUCCGGAGCUGCCGUGGAGGAACUGCGCUUGGGACCUGGGCAGUACUUCGGGAUGAGGGGAUUGCUUUUCGAAGCACCGAUGGGCUUCACAGUAACAGCUGACAGCGACGUGGUCAUGACGCUCUCCAUCAGCUAUGAGGAGCUGGUAAACACUGCUGGCCAAGAACUCUCACAGAGACAGGAGAUGGCAGCGAGACUACACAGAUCCAUCCGGGCCCACUUGGUACGGCAGAUUCCUGCCAUCAAGAGAUUAGCGGAUGAGAACUUCGAGGCAGUUUUCAAGCAGGCGGAGGAGGUUAAGUUCUCCAAGUGGAAUGUGAUCUUCCCACAGAACUCUAUGUUGAGAUAUGUCUAUGUAUUGGAGUCUGGCAAGCUCGCCGAAUACAGUGGCCUCCUGGAUCAGCUCGUGGAGAGUAAUGGGCAGGUUGUUUUCAAGAAGUGGAAUGUCAUAGCGGACAAGGAUGCGAGCUCGGAGUAUGUCUACCAGCUGAAGUCAGGUGAGGUGGCGGUCUAUGAUGGUGAACUUGGGGAGCGCCGACCCUUCGAUUCGAAGGUCAGCCCGGCCGAGGCUGCCAAAUUAGAUGUGAACUGCCCAGAGCAUGUGACACCUGGAGAGUACUUCGGGGCUGAGUGUCUCUCCAGCAAAAGUGCUAUUGCACCCUACACCCUGGUUGCAUUGACGGACGUGACACUGAUACGCUUCCCACCAAGUUCGAUAUGGGCCGUCCAGGAAGAGCAGCGACAGUUCCUUUCGAGGAUCCAGCUCUUCUCCGAAGACGUCCUCACCAAGGAAGAGCAGUUUAUGCUCGUCGGAAAGCUGAAGCCUUGGAAUUUCCCUGCGGGAAGAUAUAUCAUCCAAGAAGGGGAGAUUGGCGACAUGCUUUUCAUCAUCGAGCGGGGUGUGUGCGAUGCCUGCAAGCUGUUGAAUGAUCACGAGGUAGUGCUCACCCAGCUCAAGAAGGGCGCGUUCUUUGGAGAGCUUGCGACGAUGUUUGACAUGCCAAGAACUGCCUCUGUGCGUGCGGCGACGCACGUGACAGCGCUCUCCCUCACCCGGGAGGACAUCUUUGGCCUCAUCGGUGAGGACAAGAUCGCAAAGAUGCAGAUUCUGGCAAAGGCUCAGGUGUUUGGUAGUAUCCCAAUCUUGACGGGCCUCGCCGCAUCUGCCAAGAACACCAUUGCACGAAGGCUCCAACGACAGACAUUUCGACAGGGUGAUGUCAUCAUCGACCCGGAGGAUGUGGCAGACAGGCUCUACAUCGUCGAGUCUGGCUCGGUGACGGUGCAGUGCGGAGAGGAAGAGGGUCAGCUGCUGCUGGCCGGCAUGUCGUUUGGAAUGGACAGGCUGCUGUACGAGGAGCCAUACGACAUCAAGGUAACCGCGCACUCCGGAGAGGUCAAGACACUGUCCUGCACAGUUCCGGACAUCUUGGCUUCAGCAGGGACCGGAGAGCAAGAAGCACUGGAGAGGCAGAUGAAGAAGGCCUUCCACACCUGGCUUCUCAAAAGUGUCUGUCUUCCGGGCGAGUCCGAUGAUCGGUUGGCUACUGCCUUGCGGCACUGUGACGAAGUGGAGUUUGAGGCAGGCGCUACAGUCUUCGAGGAGAAGGAUGAGUUGAACUCCGUCUACAUCGUCAUCCGUGGUGUGUUCGAGACGAAGGCCGUGAAGAUUCGGCACAAAGCAGAAGUGCGUGGAAACCUGGUGAGCGCGUCCCCAGUCGCCUUCGGAAUGGAAUGGACCGAGCAGACGGCUCCAGUUUCAGCUCCCUACGCUCUGCAUGCAGAGACCCAAGGAGCACUGCUGAAGGUUCCCCUUUUCGUGGUGCGACCAGUAUGA